UGGAAGUUUUGUAUUGCAGGUAUGACAUGUGCUCCAUGGACUUCAAUCACAAGUAGGCGUCGUGUAUCAUCGUCUCAGUGUUUUUCGCCAAAAACCACGAGACUUUUAAGAUUUAAACAUAUUACACACAAUCUACGCAGCAAGGGCAACAGAUUAAGGCAGAAGCAGCUAAAGAAGAAGGAAAGAAAACAUAAGUACCAAGUACAAUUGCUAAAAGAAGCAUCACGGGCUCUUUCCACUGAUGCGCAGACGUUAAUAUUAUCACAGAUAAAGCUAAGAAACGUUAGUAAAUAUAGACGAAGGUACGACGAUAGGUUAAAAGAUUUUGCUCUAUCCAUAUACUAUCAUUCUCUUAAAGCGUACAGAUUUCUGAGGAAGUCUUUAUGUUUGUCGACAAUACGGACUUUACGUUCAUAUCAACAAACAUUUCAUAUUUACCCCUGUGUAAAUAUGCAAGUAUUAAACAUGUUAAAAGCCAAAUUUUUGACUUAUGCUGUCGAAGACAAAGUAGUCUCGCUGGUUUUCGAUGAAAUCCAUUUAUAUAAUGAAGUAUACUAUGAUCCACAUAUGGAUCAAUUUCGUGGUGUGGCUGAUGACGGAGAUACAAGGCAGCCGGAAUGCGCGACAUCUGCGUUAACAUGCAUGAUCAAAUGGAUCAAUAAAAAUGCAAAACAGACAUUAGGGUAUUGGUUUUUGUCUAGUGCAGGAAAUUCUGAUAAAACCCAGAAUAUAAUUCAGAAAACAGUCGCAAAAGUAUGGGAAAUGGGUUUAAUACCGAAAGUAAUUGUCUUCGACCAAGGACCCCGGAAUGUUGGAUUACUUAAAAUUUUAAAUAUAACCCCCCAAAAGCCAUAUUUUUAUUACAAGUCUGAGAAAAUUUUUAUCAUAUUUGACCCUCCCCAUUUAUUAAAAUCAGUUAGAAAUAAUUUUAAUAAAAGUGACAUUGAAUAUAAUGGAAAAAUAGCAAGUUGGGGGGAUAUCUAUAAAAUGUUUGCAUUAAAUUCAAAACGGCCUCUAAAUUUGGUACCAAAAUUAAACAAUCGCCGUUUUGAGUUGACUCAUUUUACCAAAAUGAAAGUUUCGUUAGCGGCAUAA